UGUUACACCAGUUCUAUUGCCCAGGUUUCUUGGGAGAUAAGGUGUAGUUGGAAGAAUGAAACAUUCCUACUGAAUAUAGCAGACCAAAGCAGUGGAUCAGUGUUGUGUCUCGCGAACUCUGGUCUACAGUUAUUCUGGUCUAUUCUUUGUCCAGCUGAUUCAAAAUUACGGUAUCAGAAUAAUGGCACAAAGCUCAGAAAGGUUURUCAAAGCUACUGGUGGAUUUGGGAUUUACCAAUGGAGGCUUUGCUUUAUCGUUGCAUCAGCUGUUUAUGCUGCCACAUUACCAUUUAUGGUCAUGACAUUCAGUACUGUCAACCCUCCUUGGAAAUGCACAGAAAACUCUACUCAAUGCAAACUACAAGGCAACAUUGACCCAGGAGAUGACAAUUAUGAUCACCGAUGUAAGAUUCCACGCAGCGAAUGGAAAUAUGAUGUUGAAAAAGACUUUGAUUCGAUUGUUACUGAGUGGGAUUUGGUUUGCGACAGAGCUGUUUAUCCCAGCAUUGCUAACUCAAUGACAUUUGUCACGUGGAUGACKGGAGCUACUUUAGGAAGYAUCAUCAGCGACAAAACUGGAAGAAAGACUGUAGCUAUUCCCUCUGUGGUGUUGGUCUGUUUGUGUGGACUCAUAUCAGCCUUUGCAGGGAGAUACUGGGUGUUYGCAGUAUUYCGAUCUCUUAUGGGCAUCRGCUUGGGUGGAUACUCUGUUUGUAUCUUUACGCUUGUCAUGGAGUAUGUUGGACCGAGUUAUCGAGGUAAAGUUGGUUUCGGGGUGUUCUAUGGCUGGACCGUGGCGCUGUUUACAAUAGCCUUGUCGGGUUACCUUAUUCAAAGCUGGCGUACUUUAAGCAUUAUUCUAAGUGUACCGGGAUUGCUGUAUUUCAUCUUUUGGUGGUUAACUCCAGAGUCUCUCCGGUGGUUGAUKGCAAAAGGAAAGGUCGAGCAGGCAAAGGAAACAUUUCGUAAGAUUGCUCAAGUCAACAAGAAGGAGAUAGGGGAAGAACRAAUUGCAUCGCUUGGAGAAACAACUGCUGAAGAAUCCGCUCAAAUUGAGCGUUUAGGUGACAUUCGAGAUUUGUUUUCGACUCGAAGAUUGGCAUUUCGAACACUGGUUUCUUGGUAUGGCUGGGGUGUAUGUGGCAUGGUAUACUACGGUAUAUUUCUCAGCGGGCCAACUCUUGGUGGAAAUAUGUAUCUAAAUCUCUUUAUCACAAGCUUAAUUGAAGCUGUUGCCAUGUUCAUAGGAAUGAUUUCACUUGACAAGUUUGGACGAAGGAAAUGCUUGAUGGUUAGUAUUUGGCUAGGUGCAGUUGCCAUGGUAAUGGGAGCCGUACUCACCUACUAUGAUGACGGAAGCAAAGGCUUUCUUGCUGGGAAAAUCCUGUCGACUUUGGUGCUUGGUAUGUUUUCGAUCACAAUUGUUUUUGAUGGACUAUAUGUUUACACCUCAGAGCUCUUUCCAACUGUUGUCAGAAAUACUGGUGUUGGGACGUCAAGUACCGCCGCUCGCAUUGGUUCCGCUAGYGCCCCCUAUAUUGUAUACUCGAAACGUGUACAUCCUCUUAUGCCGUGUGGUAUCAUGGCCAUUUUUGCUGUCGUAUGUGGAAUAUUGUUUUUCUUCUUGCCUGAAACAUACAACCAAGCAAUGCCUGACACUGUACAGCAAGUUCAUUCAACUCGUGAAAAUGAAGUAGAAUCGAACCAAGCAAUGCCUGACACUGUACAGCAAGUUCAUUCAACUCAUGAAAGUGAAGUAGAAUUGAAUGGCAAGAAAGAUGAUGAAAAAAUACAGUCCAACGACAUCAAGCAGCCAGUUUCACACUUAGCAAAUGUUUAAGAAGAUGAGUUGGAGUACUGUAUGGUCUCAUUAUAACAUCAUCAUCCAAUAAAAGCUUUCCCAAUCCAA